UAAAUAUAUUAAUUAAAUUUUAGUUAAUUAUUUAAUUUUUAAAAAUUCAUUUAUUAUAUUAAUAUUUAAUUAAUAGAUAUAUAGAUUUGCAUUAUUUUGAUUUAAUCGGUUAGUAGUUCUAAACCAUUAAGAACUCAACUCCUAAACAAACAUGGAUUCUGUGACCUUCGACCUAAAGUUGCUAUGAAAAGAACAAUGACUUUGAGAUCCUGAUUUGUGUUAAGUGCCAUAGCAAAGCAAAGUUGACUUGUGUUCGUGAAGCUCAUGAUGCUGAACGAAGAAGCCAUGUCAAUAUCAAUGCCAAGACUUCCCCGGGAUUUGAUUAUAGAGAUACUGACAAAAUUACCUGUUAAAUCUCUGCUGAAAUUCAAGAGCGUAUGCAAGUCAUGGUACUCAAUCAUCACCGACCCACAAUUUGUUAAACUCCAUUCCAAAUCGCCUAGAUUGUUCUUGCACUGCCUGGCCGUAAGAUUUGACGGGGCUGCUGUUGAAGAAUAUCAUUCUGUAGAUUAUGAAGCUGUAGUCGACAAAUGUGUCUAUUAUCAAGCAAUGGUAAAAUUCCAAUUUCCAUUGAAAGAAGCAUGGGUCAGUAUAUGUGGCUCUUGCAAUGGCUUGAUAUUUAUGAUGAGUGUGAUGAACGAGUUGUUUGUAUGGAAUCCAUCAACAGGAGAUUUAAAGGAGUUGCCACAAUCUGACUUGUGCUUUUUAAUCAAUCAGGGGUCUUAUUGCCAUGGCUUUGGUUAUGAUAAAUCCAUUGAUGAUUACAAGGUAGUUGUAUACGGUUUGAGCAUGGGACUAUCUCCUCCCAAAUCUCAUGUCCAAGUGCUUACUCUGAAAACAAAUACCUGGGGAAUAAUUCAGGACGUCGAAUUCUAUAGAAAUGUUGAUCCCUAUUAUGGGGUUUUUGCCAACGGAGCUCUUCAUUGGAUAGCAAAUCCUAGUUCUUCUUCUGAAACUAUGGACUUGAUAGCUUUUGAUCUUGCAGAGGAGAAAUUUCAAGUGCUUCCACAACCAGAACCAGCUUUACCUUUCAGGAAGCGCGCUCUGUCCGUUGUAAAUGGAUGGCUCUGUUUAUGCAAGGGAGAACUUGAUAGUGGCAUUGAUGUAUGGAUAAUGAAGGAGUAUGGAGUGAAAGAAUCUUGGAUCAAAUUGAUUACAGUGCCCCCACAUCUAUUCCAUAAUCCGAAUGUAUGGAGUUGUGAUAAGGGUUUUCUACCGCUUUGCAUUUCCAGGGAUGGAGAUAUAUUUGGGAUCCUCGACGAUCACCUGUUAAUAGAGUGCAAUGUAAAGCAAAAUUGGUUCCGAUGCAUCAAAAUUGACAGUGGAUCAAUCUUCAAUCACAGAGGAAAAAAAUUUCGGUGGACAUCGUAUCGUCUCAUUCGGGCUAUUUGGUACGAGGAGAGUUUAGUAUCAACUAGAUAGAGAUGAUAAGUUUGUUAUUUCUUGUUCUAUUUCAUUGUCUCAAUUGUUAUUGGUUUCAUGUUUGCUGCUAAUAUUUCAAAUACUGCUUUUUUUUGUCCUCGGUUCUUAACGUUUGUUUGAGGAGUUUUUUAAGAGUAAUUGAAGCCUUCAAC